AGAAAAUAGAACAAAAUAUAGAUCUAUUUUGUCGUGACCACUGACCGAUGACCAUAGUUCAUAAUAUAUUAAUUAAUAAUGCGUUAUUGACAAAAAGUAUAAAGCUCUGUACUAAAUAGUAAAUAUUAACACUCGAUAAGUAUAUUUUUCACUUAACUCUUUGUCGCGUUUAUAUCACAGAAUAGAUGAAAUUUCAUCUAUUCUGUGUUUAUAUUACCAUUAAUACCUAUAUGGCUAUAAUAUGCGUAUAGUUUUUUAGUGACCUAUACUUAAUAUUUUAUUAAGUAGGAGAAGCCAGGGGCUAAAAUACUGUGUCUCCUGAAUAACAAAUGUGUGUCCCAAGUUUCAUAACGUGUUUUUAGUUUUGAUUGCAGAAAUAAGUAAUUACAAACUUUUAGGAAUUAAAACACAAUUUAAAAUAUUUUGAAUUUAUAUACAGUUAUACUUGUAUUUAUUUAAUGUACCUAUUUUUAGUACCAGUAUCAUAUAAAUAAUAUUAAUGUGUAUAAGGUAAGUGGUAUACAUAAAAGAAGGUAACAGUUAAAUUAAUAUGUGUGUCCCCUGAAAUCAGAUGUAUAUUAUGCCCUGGGAGAAGCCACACAGCUACGUUUAGUAGCGGAUUAUGCCUGUGGGUGUAUUGUGACAUUCGUGACUUUAUACUUUACUCUUUGCAUUGUGAAUGCAAACAAUAAUCUUAGACAUUCUUGCAUCUUGCUUAUGUUUCUAGAGAAAAAUACAUUGAAUAGGUAAUAAUGACGUUGAAGACGUAUUAUUGAUAUCGUCAACGCGUGGACAGAUAUGACUGCUAUGACCUAUGAGCAUUAUUAUAAUUUGAGUUCCAAUCUUAGUGUCUAUAACAUCUCAAUAAUUGUUACAGGUAUGGGAAAAUAUGUAAGAGCUUUUCUGCUAUAAAUUGUAUUAUUGAAGUAUUAGUAACAUAAAAAAUGUAUAACCGGUAACAAUCAGUUAUUAGGUAUACUUUUGUUUUAAUUAUUAAAUAUAUGUGAUUUAUCGGAUAAAAAUGAUCAAACUGUGUGCAAUUUUUUUAAAGUUACUAUUUUUAUAUUAUAUUUAUAUGCAUUCUGUUUUUAUUAAAUGAAAAAUAAGAGUUAUUACUUAUUAUUUAUUAAAUUAAAAUAGAUACUUAUAUUAUGUAAUAUUUAAGCAACUAAAAAAAAAUUGAUACUUCCCCUUCUCUAUGAUCAUAACUACUCCUGAUGACCAUUAACCUUAUCGAUAUUGAAUGUUGUUAGCAACGACUAUUGGACAGCGGGGUCAUCGGCGUUUGUGGCUACCCCGGACAAGAUAUUUUAAUUCAUAGUGUCAAAUAUUAUAGGUAGGUACCCAUCAUCAUAUUUAGUUGUAUAAAAAAAAAAUUUUUUUUUUUAAUACUAAAUAAAUAUUAAUGAAUUUAAUUAAAAAUUUAAAUGAAACCUCAUGUACAGAAAUGUCGAAAAAAUUUUCAAAAAAAUGAUGUAUUUGGCUUAGGGCCAAAUAUGUGCUAUGUUAAUUAUAAUCUUCCUAGGACUUUACCUAUGAACCAAUACCAAAUUAAAAAACUGAUUAAGGACGGAAACGUGCAGCGUUUGGAAGAAAAGUUAUUGAAUGGCGAAGGCUAUAAAUUAAUUGGAAACUAUUCAACAAAUCCUAAAGUCAAAGCGUUUUUGCAAUCGGUUCCGAUAUAUAUAGCUCGUAUGGAUAUGCUACAAGAUUCUGCCUGUAAGGGAAAUUUAAGAGACAUGCAAGUAUUAUUAGAGAAUGGAAACACGUCAAGAAAUAUUUACAAAGUUUCUCCUGAGAAAUUAGUUUGCAGUAAAGAUUUAAAUGGAGUAACUAUAUUGCAUAAAGUCGUUUAUUAUGACUUUUUAGAUAUUGUCGAGUGGCUCGUGAAAAACUAUCCACAAACUGUUCACAUUAAAGAUAAAACUUUAAGGAUUCCGUUGCAUUAUAUAUGUUCCUGUUCAGAAGUUUCACGGGUUUGGGAUUUAAUGUUAGAAGCUGGUGCUGAUCCUAACUCAUUGGAUAUAAAUAAUAAAACCCCAACUUAUUAUUUAGAAUAUAGUGAAAGUAUUACAUUGCCAAAUAAUUGCAAAAGUGAUGGUUCAGAUCAAGAGGUUCCUAUUAAACCUUCUAACAUACGAAUAUGGAUACACGAACGUAACAUAAAACAGCUUUCAAAGGUUAUUUGGUCUGGACUGGGAGAUAAGUUGUUGACUGAGACUAGCAAACAAACAACAGUGAACAAGUUUUUGAAAGCGGUGCCCUAUAUAAUGGGUAUUAUCAAAGAAAUCCAUAAAGCUGUUAUUGACGAUAAUCUUGAGUUAUUGAAAAAAUUGAAUCGUGAUCCGGUCCCUGUAGACGUUUUAACUAGUAAAGAUAAGAAUGGAUUAACUCCAUUACAUAAGGCUGUAGGACUGGGUCGUCUAAGUAUUGUAGAUUAUAUAAUAAAUAAAAACCCUAAAACUGUGAACAUGCGAGAUAACGAUGGUAGAACACCUUUACAUUAUGUUUAUAUUUCUCCGCCGAAAUAUAUUACAUCUAUCUAUAACAGACUUGUUAAAGCAGGAGCAAAUGAAAAUAUAAUUGAUAAGAAUGGUAAAACUCCUAAAAGUAAUGAUGUGAAGAUAAAUGAAAUUCCUAAUGAUUUAUUAACCAUUCUACCAAAAGCACCAAGAAUUGCAUCCGAGUUUCCAGCUUCUUGGGAUUGGAAUAUUUUAUACGAGCCUGAUGAAAAAUCAGUAAAAAAAUUAAAAUCUAAAAAUAUACCAACUCAAGAAUCUAAAAUAAAAACUAAUUUAACUACUAGUAGUGCAAUAAAAAAUAAUCUAACAAAUAUUGAAUAUAUCGACCACGCUGAAGUCACAAAUUUUGUUGAAGAUAUUGAAAAUAUUGAUACUGCAAAAUAUAAUGCUGAAAUUGUAAAUAAUGUUGAAAAUAUCAAUAAUACUGAUGGCGUUGAUAAAAGUGAAAAAAUAAAUCAUAAGAAUAGAACUAUAAAUUAUAAUUCUUUAAAUAUUCAAUCAGAACCAUUAAACAUUGAAGAUAAUAUUGAUAAUAGUGAAAAUAAUGAUUCAAAGAUUAAAGAUGAAAAUUGUAUUUCUUUAUACUCUCAAUCAGAACUUCAAGACAUUGAUGAUGUUGAUAAUAAUGAAUAUAAAAAAAAUAAUGAUCCUGAUAAUAGAUAUGACAAUUAUAUUUCAUUAUAUAGAAAAUCAGGAUAUCAAGACAUUGAUGAUACAAACAAAAUUGUUUCAAAACCUAAUAGUCUUACACUAGGUGAGGUCAGACAAGCAUUGAAUAAUGGGUUAUUGGAGGAAAUUUUACCUAUGGAUGGCCCAAUAUAUAAAGUUAAUAGUUUAAAUGAUAUUAAUAAAAUAGAAAAUUCUGGUAAUAAUGUAUUGAAGUCUACCAAAGUGAAGGAACGUAUAAACUCAGCUCAAAUAAUAGUAAAACAAGGUAACUUAGAACAUAUUGCUGACUACAUUUUAGAUGGUAAAUACGAAAAACUCAUAGGAAUAACAUCAGAUAAUCCAGAAAUUCAAGAUUUUCUUGAUAAAAUUCCAUUUUAUGCAAAUAAAAUUGAUCAGAUUCAUCGUUACUGUGCUGUAGGAGACUUGGAUGAACUAAUUCAACUUCUAGAUCGAAAGAAGUUCUGUUUAGCUCGCGAAUCUAAAAGUGGCUUAGGAUUGACUCCUUUACAUACAGCAGUUAUCUAUGAACAAUUUGAUGUGUUUAGAUAUUUAACGGAUAAGUUUCCGGAAACUUUAAAAUUGAUUGACUUGCAUGGAUGGACUGCAAUAGAUUAUAUAAAUUAUAUGCAAGAUAAGACAUUUAUAGAUAAAUCGUAUAUAGAAAGUAUUUUAGAGGAAUUUCAAGCUGAUUACCAUAUACCACCAACUUUUGGAAAACGUGAUGUCACAUUUGAUCCAGAGGAGAUACGUAAAACUUUAGGUUACGUAACUUAUAACACGGAGACUGUCGACAAGGAAAAUAUUGAUGCAAACAUGGACAGGUCUUCAAAUAGCUCUGCAAAAUUAUUUUCGGUGGUUAUGAGUGCAAGUCAAUUUUCCGCCGAAGACAGAGAAUACUUGAUUAAAGCUAUUGGAAAACCUCUGGCUUCUGGUUUGAAAGAACUUAUAAAACGCAGACCAUCUAACCCUACUCUGUACUUAGCUGAACACUUGACCAACCAUUUCGAUGAUCCGCAAUCAGAUCAAGAAAGCGGAGUGUUGCAAUCCAGAUUUCAGUCAGUUCAAACACAUGGUAUAUUAGACGGAGAUCAAACUCAGGUUUCUGAAAAUAUAUUCAGACCUUGGGAUAUAUUCAGCAACUAUCAGCCAGAAUUUAAAAAUAUUAGUCGUGAUGAAUUUGGAAUGAACAUGAUUCAUUAUGCUGCAUCUAGAACACAUAACCGCAAUGCAUUUUUUCAAUUGUUACAAGAGCUUGAUGCGAAUAUUGCACUUCGAGAUGAAUAUUAUAGAACUCCAAGAGAUAUUGCGAUGAGUUCGAAUAUAAGAGAAAAUGUGAAAACAAUUGAUAAGUUCGUGGUUCAUAUUAUAGCCAGAGGCGAAUACAACAAAUUAAUACAACUUUUAUUGGAAGGGUAUAAUCAUAUUUUAGAUUUGAACACAGAUAAAGACAUUUUUGCAUUACCAUUAAGUAGGGGACACUCUCACGUAUCAGUUAUCCUUAAAAGUAUACCGACAUUUGAAGAAAAACGAAAGCGGCUACAUCGAGAAAUUUUUUCUGGAGCUCAUAGUAAAGUUGAAGAAAUAUUGCAAGAGCGUAAUGACGAGUGUGUCAUGUUGGCUAUGGCGAAAAAUGAACGAAGUCGGUGCAGUUUACAUAUAGCUGUACUAAGUCAAAAUGAAGAAAUCUUACGGUUAAUUGCUGAAAAUUUUCCUACUACAUUAUUUGUGCUUGAUAACAUUGAACGAACAGCAUUGCAUUACGCUAUGUCUGUAGAUCAAGUGGAAAAGAUGAGUACAAUUUUAAUUGGAAGUGGGGCCAAUCGUAUAGCUAAAGACUUGAAAGGAAGACAAUGUAGCUAUUAUUUCAUGAAUAAAUUAGAUAUUCGAAAAAUGUUGGAAGAAGAGGAUCAAUUACGGAUAUAGUUACUUUCUUUAAACAUAGAUUAAAUAAUAAUUCAAUGUAUAGCAUGCAGGCAUGAAAUUAAUUAGAGCUUUAGUAAAAAAAACUUAAUUAUGUGGAUUGAUAUGGAACUUUAAUUUAUAUGAAAAAUUGAACCACUUAAGUCUUAAAAAAGGAAUAAUAGAAUUACAAAUAUACAUAAAAAGGGGAAAAUAUAUGAGUUUUUUGCUAAAGAUUAUUAUGUAAUAUACCAAAAAAAAAAAAAAAAUACUAUUAUUUUGAACUAUAAAUUGCAAUAGUAAUUGUUGAAUAAAAAAAUUUUAUUUUUAGAUUCUAUAAUAAUAAUAAUAUUAUUAUUUUAAACUAUUUUGUUAUCUUCUACUGUUAGAAUAAUAUAUAGACCAGAGAAUUUAAAGUAUUGAUUUGUUGUAAAACCACUAUUUGUGACAAAAUAAAUAUUUAUUGCCUUAUUUUAGUCUUGAUGACAGGUUAUACUUAUUACUUUCCACAGUACGAAUAAUUGACAGUAGAAUUUAUUUCGAUACUAUAUUACUAUCAUUGAUCUUAACCGAUGAUGUAUUAGUAUAAAUGUAUAUAUAGUUUGAUUUACUAAGCAUGCUCCCCAAAUUUUUCCUUUAAUAAAUAAUAAUGCAUGUAUUAUAUGCAAAUUCUAAGUUUCAGAAUUUUAAAAUAUUUUUAUGGAUCAUAUUUUCAAAUAUUUUGAUUUUUAAUAUAACUUAAGAUGUAUUAUAUGACUAUAUAAACUUAUUUUUCAAAUAAGAACCAUACUUUUUAUCGUAAAUUAUUAUAAUGUUUGUACGAGUAGUUGUUUCUGAGUUAUUGUCUAUGAAAUACUAAGGAUAAUAUUUCAUGACAGUAGGUUUAGAAGAUAAUAUAUAAACUAAGAUGAUUUAUAAAUAAUAGUAACUAAUAUUUGU